AUGAAACGUUGGUUAAAACCAAAUGACUCCGCUUUGGACGAAGCAAAUGAAAAACCUUCGACUUCAAAGGUUAAACGUCGUAAGUUUUGCGACGAAUACUUAGCUUUCGGUUUCACAAGUACCAAUUUAAACGGUGAAGAUAGACCUCAGUGCGUCAUAUGCUACGAAGUUUUGUCAAAUGAGUCGAUGAAACCGGCCAAACUCCGACGUCAUUUAGAAACAAAACACCAGGAAUAUCGUGACAAAUCAAAAGCCUUUUUCAAAGUUAAAGCCUCGCAAUUGAAACAAAGCAAAAAAACAAUGAUAAAGACUGCUACUGGGACCAAUAACGAAAGUGCUGUAUUAGCGUCCUACCAAGUAUCUUUGCUAGUUGCAAAAAGUGGUAAGCCCCACACCAUUGCUGAAGGCUUAAUUUUACCGUGUGCUAAAAUCAUGGUUUCUGCUAUGUUAGGUGACAAAGCUUCAAAAGAAUUGGACGUUGUAUCGUUAUCAAACAACACAGUGAAGAGGAGAAUUGAUGAUUUGUCGGGAAAUAUUAAAGAACAGCUGAUUUUCUACGUUAAAGCAAGCAGAUUUUAUGAUUUGCAAUUAGAUGAGAGCACAGAUAUUAGCAAUGAUGCAAACUUGCUUGCAUAUGUUCGUUACGAACACAACAACAGCAUAAGUGAGGAUUUUUUAUUUUGUUUAACUUUACCUUCGCACACUACAGGUGAAGCAAUAUUUGAAGUAUUGAACAACUUUAUGUCCAUUCAUGAAAUUACAUGGGACAAAUGUGUGGCAGUUAGCCCCGACGGUGCUCGGGCUAUGACCAAGACACGAAUAGGGCUGCAGGCGCGCGUUAAGAAGAUGAAUCCAGCUAUUAUCUGGCAUCAUUGCUGCAUUCAUAAGGAAGCAUUAGCAGCUAAAAACAUGCCAGAACAAUUAAAAACAGUGUUAGACGACAUAGUGCGUGUGGUGAAUUUUAUUAAAGCUAGGCCUUUAAAUUCCCGUAUUUUCGGUAUCAUUUGUGAAGAAAUGGGAAGCAUUCACAAGCAGUUAUCUCGUGGCAAAGUUGUGACGCGUGUUUUUGAGCUGAGAGAUGAGAUCAGAAUGUUCUUUUUGAAGAAUUCUGGACACAGCGUCAGCAAAUAUGCUGAUCACUUCAAUGACUUUGGAUGGCUUACAAUGGCAGCAUAUUUGGCUGAUAUAUUUAGUGCCCUUAACGAGUUGAACUUAGGUCUACAAGGGAGAGAUACCAACUUCUUCCAAGUCGAUGAUAGAAUUGAAACGAUGCUAAAAAAACUUGACCUUUGGAUAAAUCGUACAAUUCAAAAAAACUAUAAUCACUUUCCAACACUGUCACCGUUUUUGGAGUCCUCUGGUGAAGCAAUAUUGGCAGCACAAGUACAAGAUGAAAUG